AUGGAAGUGACUGGUUCUGGUUCUGAUGUUUCGCUUAAAUCCUCAAGUAGAGAUGAUAUCAUUGGCGGGUUCACUGUGGUACGCGACAAACUUAGGUACAGAAAACAGAGGAUCAAGGAAAUUCUUCCAUUUUGGAUGUCAUCCCCCGUUAAGUGUUCAGAUGAACUCGCGAACGGGAUUCCGCUAAGAAAGUUUGAAAGGAUUAGCGAGAAGCUACGCACUAAUCUGGCGCAAAUGGGGAUAAAGCGACUGUUUCCAGCGUUGUCAUUCCUAGUAUUCUGGAUUCUUACGAGGAUCGGAGUCGCCUUUAUUGUUGUCAACCCCGUGAUAUUUGCAUAUCAGCCCCCACUGGAAGCGGCAAAACUUUGGCAUAUCUAUUGCCCAUCCUUCAGGCAAGCAGAUUUAUUUUCAUUCUUAAGCAAAGUUAUUAGGGCUGUUAUCGUUCUUCCAGUUCGAGACUUGGCUAAGCAAGUGGCUGAGACGAUUCAUCGCCUUGCAUAUGACACCUCGCUCCGUGUCGUUCUUCUCACUGGUGAAGAUAGUUUCACAGUUGAGCAGGAUAAAUUGCUUAUUAAAAACGCUGGGAAUCUUAUUUUGCCCGACAUCGUCGUUUGUACUCCUGGGCGCCUUGUGGACCAUAUUUACAAUACCCCGAAUUUUUGCCUUGAGCAUAUUCGAUUUCUAGUCAUCGAUGAAGCCGAUCGUGUUAUCGUCGAGGAAAAGCAGGACUGGUACAACAUUUUUGAAAGGGCGGUUUAUGGUAUUUCAAAUUUGUCUGAAUCAAAAGGUCGACUUAAACGGUCGUUUCCUCUCCCAACUAUCGAGUCACAAUGCUCGGUGACUCUCUUCACAUUGCAAAAAAUAUUGCUUUCGGCAACGCUGACCCAUGAUCCAGAACCGCUGAAACGAUUUCGCUUGAAUUUCCCUCGUUUAUUUUUGGCGUCGGGCAGACCAGCAGAGUCUAACGUAAAAGAACUACUGCAAGGAAGUUACACAAAAGGGCAGUGUGCCAAUAUUGGAUGUGAAACCCAUGAUAAGCCAGAAGAAAAGAACCACUGCCUAAGCAGCGUUCGGGAACAAACUGGCGAUGGUAGCACUGGUGGUGUUGGUGUGUUUUCAACGCCAAGUGGAUUAAAAGAAUUCUUUGUUGAAUUAGUUGAGAGACAAAAGCCCCUAUUUUUGGCUCAUCUCAUAAAAAGGCUGGGACACGAAAGAAUUCUUUGUUUUACCAACUCUCGAGAAGCAACCAAAAGACUCGCAGUUUUAAUGUCUCACGUUGAAGGUGUUAAGGCCGGGGCAUUAAAUGCCGGCAUGCCAUUAAAAAAAAGAGUGCGUUUACUUUCUUCUUUUGCUAGUGGUGAAUUUCAGGUAUUAUGUCGCUUUCAGCUCUUGGUAUGUACAGAUGCGGUUGCUCGAGGCAUAGACAUUGAAAAUGUUUCCUGUGUGGUAUCUUAUGAAGCUCCACAAUCAGUCAAGACAUACGUCCAUCGAGUCGGCCGUACAGCCAGAGCGGGUAAAACUGGUCAGGCAUUUACACUGCUUCUUCGGAAUCAGAUACGGUACUUCAAAUCUAGUCUCAAAUCCGUUGGCAAACGCGCCAGGAAUUUCCCCAUUCAUAGUAGCAAAUUGAGGGCCUACGAAGCAUCCUACAAGGGUGCACUGUCCCACCUUGAAAAGGAAUUUCGUAUGCUUUUGGUAUUGCUACGGAAGUUGACGAUGAAAGCCAUACAAGGCAGCAAGAAUCGCAGAGAGAGUAGGAGAGGAGAUGGUAAAGGCCCAAGAGAAAUGCAAUUCAGAAAGCUAGAAAACUUGGUGCCUCCUUGGAUGCGUAAACUGAUGAGAGUGCAGGUCAUUUUCGCGAUCUUUCUUGUUCUCACACUAGCGGAUGAUCCAGGUAAAAGUCUGUUCACUUACUUUUGUAAAGCACUCCAGAGAAAUAUUGUCUGCGAUUUGGAGCAGAGGGCUUUGCAUUUGAGGCUACGUUGUUCCCUUACGCCAACAACUUCUGGAGCUUGGGACCAAUGUUCAGUUAAUGUUGAUCUUGCUCGAGGUAUUUACGCCAAUCCAUACGAACUGGCGGACAAAUUGCCUGAAGUGAAAUUUACGAUUGCAAGAAAGGCUACACGUGAAGCAGGUCGACUGUCCAGGUUCUUCUUCUCCAAAAAGAGUGUCGAGUCGGAGAGCAGGCAGGAGAUUUCCCUAAACGCCUCGGAGGUAGAUAUCGAGGCACCAAGCUGGAAGUCAGAGCCCACACGAUGGAAGUUUGCUCUUGAUUCACAGCGGCAGAUCUGGGGCUCCAAUGCAGCUAUUGAACUCAGUAUCCCCUUGCACCUGCGCUAUAACCUCCCAUCACGCUCUGGUAAGCCAGGAGGUGGAAUAGUCUCGCGUACACUAAUUGACUGCUCCGGAAAAGUGGCAGGAAGCUACAGUGGGCAACACAAGGCCACCUCGCCCUCGGGCUGCUCUUCAGACCUCUUAUUGGUGAUGCCACUUACUCUCAUUUUACUGGUCAUUGGAAUUAUUAUCCUUCUUCUUCACUAG